UUUCCUCUCUGUCAUGUGUGCGUGUGUUGAGUUAUGUGUGACAGAUGAAACGGGGACAGGGGGAGGAGUGAGUGACCGUGCCAGGGAAUGAGCAGAGUCGAGGGGUGAAAGAGUUUGGUUGGCUGGAAGCUCCAGAUGGGCUCCCUUAACCCAAAUGAGCUACAGCUUUAGCUGGUCAUAGUUCUUUUUUUCUUUCUCUCUUAAGGGUGAAUUCAGAGUUUUAAAAGGUCUGGUUUAAUGCAAGUUGCAGGAUUACUUCUUUUCUUUUUUUUAAGCCGGGGGAACAAAUUUCCUGUCUGACAUACAGGAGAUCAUAAAAAGUCUGGAGGACCCAUGGUGGAGUUAAAUCUGUGCUUGUUGGUGAGAACAGGAUGUCGACGCUGUCAGCAGACUCCAGCCCCGAAGAUGCCAGCAAUCGCAGCUUCUGGAUGCCUGGGAACUAUCAGCGCACGGUGAAGCGGACAGAAGACGCUUUCCAGGCCUGUAAUGACAUAGUGGCAUGUUUUCAAGAGAGAGCUCGGGUGGAGAGGCAGUACGCACAGCAACUUAGUGAAUGGAGCAACAAAUGGAAGCCGGUGGUGGACUCCACUCCUCUGUACGGCUCUCUUCUGAAGGCCUGGCAGUGUUUUUUGUCCUCUGCUGACCGGCUGGCUUCCUUACACGCCUCCAUCUGCCGCUCACUGGUGUCAGAGGACGGAGACAAGGUCAGGACCUGGCAGAAGGACACUUUCCACAAGAAGUUAUUUGGAGGAUUCAAGGAGUCUCAGGACACCGAGACAGGCUUUGCACGUGCUCAGAAACCAUGGGCCAAGCGCCUUAAGAAGUUGGAUAAAGCCAGGAGGGCGUACCAUAAGGUGAGCCGUAAAGAGCACAUAGCCAGGGAGCGAGAUGCACACGCUCAGGGAAACCCAGACAUCUCCAUCGACAAACAAAAGAAGAUCCAGGAGGAGCGAGAGAUCGCUCAACAGGAGGCUGAGAAGGUUCGUUCCCGCUACGAGAAAGUCCUAGAGGAGGUGAACCGCUAUGCUCCUCGCUACAUGGAGGAGAUGGAGUCCAUCUUUGACCAGUCCCAGGAGGAGGAGCGGAAAAGGAUCGUCUUCCUCAAACAGGCCUUCCUCUCCAUCCACACACAUCUGGACAUCACCAACAAUGAGAGUGCGUUAGCUGUGUACAAUGAGCUGCACAACACACUGAUGGCCAUCGAUGAGCAAGAGGACCUUCGCUGGUGGAAAAACACCCACGGGCCUGGAAUGCCCACAGACUGGCCUCACUUCCAGGAUUGGAUCCCUGAUAAGAAGAACAAAAAAGGGAAAAAGGAUGUGGAAAAGAAAGGAACACUAGAGAAGAGUGCGAUGAUCGGAGGCGUGAGAGUCAGAGCUCUGUAUGAUUACGUUGGCCAGGAGACGGAUGAGCUGUCCUUUAAAGCAGGUGAGGAGUUUCUGAAGGUCGAGGAUGAGGACGAUCAGGGCUGGUGUCGGGGCAUGAAGGACGGCGGGUGGGAGGGGCUUUACCCAGCCAACUACGUGGAGGUGGUGUAAAUUUGUCACGUGUGCACCGAGAAUGAAACAUCACAUGGUUUAUUUCACUGUGGAAGUCACAGUCCUGGACACAUGUCAGAAAAAUAAAGCCACCUGGCAGCUGUUAGUCAAAGACGUGGUCUGUUAGGAGGUGACCACACGUCACAGGUGGAUAUUUCAGCUUAGAGAGAUUUGCUCACACGGUGCCCAGGUUGUGAAAUCUAUUGAAGGAUGCUGACAAAUAUCUUAAUAUAUACAGUGUGCAUCGACCACUUGUAUUGAAGCCAUAAUGAUUAAGCAAUGCUUUAGUAUAAAAGCAUGUUACGUUACAUAUGCUGGGUUUUUAAGGUACAUUAUAACUAACCAUUAUGGUGCUGAAAUUACAUUACAGGACUGCUACUUUAGCCGUUUUUAUUAUUCUUUUUUUUUUUGCACCUCAUCAUAUUUCUAUUAAGAUUCUCACAAAAAGGCCUCACAGCAUAUGAAGAAAGUGAUGCUGUGAUCAUAAUUAAUCUGAGGCGAGGCGAGUGAGCAUGAUGGAUGCAGCUUAAUGGCCUGUGUUUCUGUAGGAACAGACUUGAAAUGUAGAGGAAUGUGUUUAUUUGCUGUCUCAGUAAAAAAAAAAGAAAAACGAUCAACAUUAUCUCUGUGUGUCCAGUGCAGGGGAGGGGGUCACUGAGUCCCAAACAGCAUCAACAGACAUUCCAGGAACUCAUCAAAUGCUGUUGUCGUUUGUCGUUGGUUCUCAUCAAUUAUGAAUUACUUGACUACGUGUAUGUGAAAGGGGUGAAGGGGGUGGUGGUGGGGGGUGAUCACAGAGAGGCAAGUAAAGAGUUAUCACUCACCUCUGUGGUUACUUUCAGCUCGGUGGAGCCUGAUUGCAUAUGUCAAUGCAUUGUUUUGGAUUUCCUGCCCCGCAGCUGUUAUUUAGCCUCACUCCCACUGCUCUCGUGGCCUUGAUGUCGUCUGUAGCAGGCGGCUGAUUUCAUUAAGAAGCUCUAAAAAUGCCUCUGUGCACUUCAUUCUUAGCAACAAACAAAAAGACGUGGCACAGUGAGUGAACAAAGGGGACAAUUAAGCAGAUAAAGAAGACACAGAAAUAAAAGAGAUAAAGCAUGUUUGACUUAUAUUUUUCAGGUAACAAGAAACAUGACUCCAACGUCUGUUGAAUGAGUAAAUAAAGAUGAGUGGUGGCCCCUAAGGACUACUCCUUAUUUUUUGGGGCUAACAAAAGAAACUAGUUUUCAUCAGUUUCCCAGUGUGACAACAAACAGGCACAUUUCUCUCCUCGUCAGGCUGUUCCUUAAAGAUACAAACUGGGGAACAAAUAGUUUUCCUGUCCGUGUGUCUGUCUGUGUGUGUGUGUGUGUUAUAUCUAAUCAUCUGUUGCUUUACCAAAGUAAGAAUCUGCUGGAUCUGCCUUUGCCCUUCACCUUCUUCUGUAUCCUUGUAUGUGUUUGUCAUGUUAAAAACUAUGCAUAUGCCCACAAGAAACACUUUGUAGCAAA